AUGUUUCAAUAUCGUUAUGCUUGUAUAUUUAUUUUAAUAAUUAAUAUUAAAAAUGUAUUUUCGACAACGUCAUUCGAGAUAAAACAACAUGAGAAUAUUGAUCCAAAUGGUUAUAUUUUAUUUUGUCUCUGUAUGGGACGUUUUGGUAAUCAAGCUGAACAGUUUCUUGGAGGAUUAGCAUUUGCCAAAUUAUUAAAUCGGACAUUAAUUCUACCACCUUGGCGUACCUAUAAAAAUAUUCCAUUUACCGAUUGGUUUGAAAUAGAACCUAUACGUGAAUAUCAUCGUGUUAUUGAAGCCUAUGAUUUCAUGUCCAAUUUAGCUCCUCGUGUUUGGCCAGAUGAUAAACGUAUUGGAUUUUGUUGGUUACCGUCAGAUAAGAAAAAAACCGAUUGUAAUAUGAAACAAGGAAAUCCAUUUGAAAACUUUUGGAAUGAAUUAUAUGUCGAUUUUACUGAUUAUGCAAUUUAUCAAUUGUCGUAUGAUGAACAUAGUGUAGACGAUUGGCACGAGCGUUUUCCACCAAAAGACUUUCCUGUGAUAUCUAUGAAAGAGGCACCCGCUCAAUUUCCCAUGUUAAGCAAUAAUCGUAAAUUACAAAAAUAUUUGAAAUGGUCACAGAAAAUUUUAGAUGAAGUUUAUCAACAUCAACAGACACUAUUUAACUCUUCCAAGUACAUUGGUAUUCAUUUACGAAAUGAUAUAGACUGGUUAAAAGCUUGCUCUGAUAUUGAAACAUAUCAUACUCAAUAUUAUAUGGCAUCACCACAAUGUUUAGAAGAAACCGAAUUUUAUGCGACAAAAAAACUUUGUUAUCCAUCAGAUGAAGAAAUAUUUAGAUUAUUAAAAAAUAUUGUUAUACUUACACAAAUUAAAAAUAUUUAUGUGGCCACAGAUAAACGUUCAAUGGUGAAAGAAAUAGGCCAUGAAUUAUCAAAACAAAAUGUGAUUGUAAAACAUUUAGAUCCAUGGUUACCUGUGAUUGAUAUUGCAAUGUUAGCACAUAGUGACUAUUUUAUUGGAAAUUGUGUUAGCUCAUUUACAUCGGCUGUAAAAAGAGAAAGAGAUAUAAAAAAUUUACCGUCAGCCUUCUGGGGUUUUAGUAAUUGA